AUGGUUCUCUUAAAAUUUUUAUUUUCAGUUUUUCUAGCUAAUUUCUGUUUAGCUAGCAUCGAACAUGAUCCAGGAAUUCUUUUAAAAGAAUCGCUAGAUGCUAAGCAUUUAGACCACAAAUAUAACAAUGGGGAAAUAGUCAUAAGAAAUUCGAUAGAUGCAACUCCAAGAACGAGACAUAACAAAUCAAAGAGAAGAAUGAAGAUGAAAAAGAAGAGAUUUAAAUGCCAUGUAUGUGAGAGUUCGGAAUGCAAAAAUAAUACAUCGCUUGGAGAUUACGUCUGCGAAAAUGCUAUAACUUGCUGGAAAUCGACUGUCAGAGAUAGUAGUGGCAAUGAGAGAGUUUCGCGAGGAUGUACUACAAAAUUUGAACACUUACCAUUAUAUUGUAGUCAAAAGGAUAUUAAUGCUGGACCGAAGAAACGUGAUGCAAGUGCCUUAAGUGGACUUGGAACAUACAAUAUCGAGUGCUGUACAGGAGAUUUUUGCAAUAAUGGAAGCUUUCCAUCAUUACCGCAAUUUAAAACUGAAGUUACAACCGAUAAUUCAACUGACGAUAUGCUUAAAUUAAGCUUAGCAAUAUUCGGACCUGUAUUUAUCGUUGGGUUAUUCGCAAUAGCAAUCAUUUUAUGUAUGAGACGUAAUCAUAAACGUAGACUAAUUGAUGCGCGAAAUUCAAAAGACGCCGAUAUUUACUAUGCGAGUGAUGAUUUACUGAAACGAUCACAUGCUUGUGGAGACAGCACACUUCGCGAAUACUUCGAUCAAUCGAUUACAUCGGGUUCGGGAAGUGGAUUGCCUUUACUAAUUCAGAGGACUUUAGCUCGACAAGUGACAUUAGCGGAAUGUAUUGGUAGAGGAAGAUAUGGUGAAGUUUGGCGAGCGAUUUGGCAUGGUGAAAAUGUUGCAGUAAAAAUAUUCUUCAGUCGUGAUGAAGAAUCAUGGAAACGAGAAACUGAAAUUUAUUCAACAGUUUUAUUAAGACACGAAAAUAUUCUUGGAUAUAUUGGUUCAGAUAUGACUUCAAGAAAUUCAUGCACACAGCUUUGGUUAAUUACGCAUUAUUAUCAACUCGGUUCAUUAUUUGACCAUCUUAAUAGAACUGCAUUAACACAUCACCAAAUGAUGACGAUCUGCUUAUCCAUUUCAUCAGGUUUAGUUCAUUUACAUACAGAGAUUUUCGGAAAACAAGGAAAACCGGCUAUUGCUCAUCGUGAUUUGAAAUCAAAGAACAUCUUGGUCAAAAUGAAUGGACAAUGCGUCAUUGCUGAUAUGGGCUUGGCAGUUACUCACACACAAAAGGACGGGAAGAUUGACAUUGGAAAUAAUCCAAAAGUUGGUACAAAGAGAUAUAUGGCUCCGGAAGUUUUGGAUGAAAGUAUUAAUAUGGAAUGCUUUGAGUCAUUACGUCGAGGCGAUAUCUAUGCACUUGGCCUUGUAUAUUGGGAAGUGUGUAGACGAACUUUAAGUAAUGGCAUCGCAGAAGAAUAUAAAGUGCCGUAUUAUGACGUUGUUCCAUCAGAUCCAUCAUUCGAAGAAAUGCGCAAAGUCGUUUGCGUUGAAGGCUUUAGACCAUCCAUUCCAAACCGAUGGACUUCAGAUCCUUUAUUAAAUGGAAUGUCAAAACUCAUGAAAGAAUGCUGGCAUCACAAUCCAAAUGUUCGAUUACCGGCAUUAAGAAUAAAGAAGUCACUGUACAAAAUGGCUUCAAAUGACGAAAAUGUCAAACUUACGUAUAAUGGUGAGAUUUGUGUUUAA